AUGGCCGAGACAUUCGACUACAUCGUCGUGGGAGGCGGCACAGCAGGGCCCGUGGCUGCGCGCCGGCUGGCAGAGUACUUUCCCACGAGCAGCGUCCUCCUCGUCGAGGCCGGCACGCACGAGAACGUGCUCCACUCGACAAUGGCCAUGGGCUGGGAGGGCCUGCACCACAGCGACUGGGACUGGCGCUACACGUCGCAGCCCAUGAAGCACGCCAACGAGCGCCAGAUCCACCUGCCCCGCGGCAAGAUCCUCGGCGGCAGCUCGGCGCUCAACGGCACCCUCAUGAUCCGCGGUGUCCAGGAGGACUACGACCGUUUGGCGCGCAUGGGAAUCGAGGGGUGGUCGUGGGACGAGGUGCUGCCCUUCUUCAAGCAGUCCGAGACCUUCCACCCGUCUGACGGCAUGAAGGGCGACCCAGCCGUCCAUGGGACGACGGGCGAGCUCCACACCUCGCACCACCCGCUGGCACCCAUCAGCGAGCGCGUCGUCGACAGCUUCCUCGGCUCUGGUUUGUCGUGGAAGGAGGACAUGUUCUCCCAGGGCGAGAGCGAGGGCGUGGGACACGUGCCCCGCACCGUCCACAACGGCGUCCGCACGUCCGGGGCCGACUUUGUCACGGGCGACGGCGUGCCGCGCAACCUGACAGUCCGACUGGGCCACCAGUGCACGCGCAUCGUCUCGCGCGAGGGCGGCAGCGAUGGCCUGCGCGUCGCCACGGGCGUCGAGCUGCGCUCCAACACGACGGGCGCGCCCUCGGUCGUGAAUGCAUCCAAGGAGGUCGUCGUCUCGUGCGGCUCCUACAACUCGCCGCAGCUGCUCAUGCUCAGCGGCAUCGGCGACCGCGCCCAGCUGGCGCGCUUCAACAUCGCCUGCGUGCGCGACCUCGGCGGCGUGGGCCAGCACCUGGGCGACCACAUCAUCGUCUUCAACUUCUUCCAUGUCAACACGCCCCAGCUGACCAACGACCACCUCCUCUACGACGAGGGCGCCUUUGACCGGGCCGUGUCGCAGUACAUGGGCGACAGGUCGGGUGUGCUGGGCAGCCUUCCCUUUGGUGCCUUUGUCUUUAAGCGCCUCGACGACGAGCUCAAGGACGACCCCGAGUGGCGCGCGGCCCUGGCGCAGAGCGGAGGCGCGGACCCCAUGGGUGCGACCAACGGCACGCCCCAUGUCGAAUACUUUUGGACCGAGUGCUACGGUGGCGGGCCGCAGCACGUGGACCAGCCGGGCCACGGCGAGUCUGCGUUUGCGCUCAUCACGCUCCUCUUCAACCCGCGCUCGCGCGGCUCCGUGACGCUGCAGGGCCGCAACCCGCUCUUCCCGCCGCGCAUCGACCACAACUACCUGGCCGAGCCGCUGGACGUGGUGAUGCUCGCCGAGGCGUGCCGCUUUGGUGCCGACGUCGUCGCAAACGGCCGCGGCACGCGCGACGUCGUGGCAGGGCCCUGGCCCGCCUCGCGCACCUUGCCCACCGACCGCGAGGGCUGGAAGGCGUACGUGCGCGAGCAGGCCGGCACCUGCUACCACCCCGCCGGCACGUGCGCCAUGGGCCCCACGCCCGAGCCGAGCGAGACGCUGCCGAAGGGUUCCGUCGACGAUGCACGACUCAAGGUGCAUGGCUUUGCCAACCUGCGCGUCGCCGACGUCUCGGUGCUCCCCCUCGUCCACAGCGGCCACACGCAGGCGCCAGCCUACAUGAUUGGCGAAAAGGCAGCCUUUAUGAUCGCCGAGGACGCCAAGGCCGCUGGGGCCGCAGACCACCCUGCGCACAGCGCGUUUGAGCACCCCGCGCAGCUGUAG